CAGUCGCUACCAGAGAGGAGCGCAGGGGAGUGCCCUGCGCCGCGGACACACGCAGCCUCCUCCUCCUCCUCCUCCUCCUCCUUUCUCCUCCUCUUCUUCUUCCUCUUCCUCCUGCCUGCACUGAAGCCGGACUCCUCUGCCGGGGAAACUCCACCGACUCUCAGCUGUUAUUGUCGCUGUCACAGCCCCUGCCUGCAUCCUCCAUCAGCCGGCUGCACAUUAAAUCGACCAGCGCUCCUCUCCCGGUAGGCCUGACGUAGCAUCAUGGAGGAGUUAGACGUCCCACAGAUGAGGAGGGAAGUGGAAAGCCUUCAGUAUCAGCUGGCAAUCAACAGAGAGAAAUCCUCCAUCACCGUUACUGAACUGGUGAAGUGGAUCGAGGGUUGUGUUUGUGAAGAUCCAUUUCUGAACCCGGAGCUGAUGAGAGCCAACCCCUGGGUUGAGAAGGGCAAAUGUGUGAUCCUCUAAUGAUCACACACACAUACACAUACACAUACACAUACACAUACACAUACACAUACACAUACACAUACACAUACAUCGACUUAGGUCACUUUUGGGGGCAUUACAAAGACUUUCAUUCAUUUCCUGGACGGUUAUCCGAACCCCUACUUGUACCUUAACCUGAACCAGGGACCCAAGAAUCCACUUUUUGCCAGUUGGGGACUUUGAUUGUUCUUUUAUGAUUAUAUGUGAUAAAUAAUAGGUUCAAUUCAAUUGGCUUUUGUCCCCAAUUGGACAGCCAUCCCCAGUUAACUGGUCUUUAGUCUGAGAUGUGUCCCCGAAGGUUUCCCAAGUCCUCUCUCACACACACACACACACGAUCAUGGGUGCAUAUAAACUAAAGAAACACACACACACUCCACCAACUGCACUAACUCACUUAUUUACCCUCUCUAGCUCUAUUUCUCUCUCCCUCACAUGCACGCACACACACACACACACACACACACACACAUUAUUGCUAUUAUCAUGUCUAUUUAUUGGGAGACUCCUGAAUGCUUUUAAUUUAUGUCCAGACUACUGUGUGUGUGUGAGUGUACAGCACUGAGUAGCUUUCUAGAAGUUUGAUUUGAUGGACUGCUGAGAAAUGUUCAACAACACGUUUUUAUUGGCUCUUUACACUGUCAAUCAAAAUAAAGACUUUUGAAUUUAA